UCCAGUGAUUAAUUCUAAUAUGUAACCAUUAAGCUUCCACUUUUUCUCUCCUUAAAUUCUCCAACUACGUUCCCUCACUGAAACCAUCAAUAAUAUUCUCUUUAAUUCUCUGCUCUCUUUACAAUCUGAACUUAGCUAGACAGUUCUGUUUUUUCUCUCCUUUAAAUAAAAUCUAGUGUUACUAAACUCUUCAUAUACUCCUCUAUGGCUAAAGCAAUUCUCACACUUUUCUUCCUGCUCUUGUCCUGCUCUUCAGCGCCGAUGUUAACACUAGCGGAUGGACAGACUUGGUGUGUGGCUAAACCUUCAUCAGAUAAUGCAAUUCUUCAACAGAACAUAAAUUUUGCUUGUUCUAAUGUGGACUGCCGCAGUAUAUUCCAGGAGGGUUGCCCUUGCUUUUCCCCAAACAAUUUGAUAAACCAUGCUUCUAUUGCCAUGAACCUCUACUACCAAACUAAAGGGAGGAACCCUUGGAAUUGCCACUUCGGUAAUUCUGCCCUCGUUGUCGUGACCGAUCCAAGUUAUGGCAGCUGCACCUAUGAGUGAAGUCAUGGUUAGGAGGAGCAACCCAUGAGGAGAUUAUCCUAAUUUUAUUUAAAUUUCUUGUUUACCUUUUUUUUUUUGGGGGGGGGGGGGGGGAAGGGUGAUCAUGCUAAGUUAGCAUAUUAAUAAUAUGCACUAUGUAGUCAUUUAAUUUAUAGCUGUCAAUUUUUUCCA